AUGUUGAUCGGAGGAAAGCUCAUGCAUCUGGGAGCUGGUGCCUUGCGUAGCACUGCUACGAAUCGUCGUCUCAUGUCUUCUCAUACCACAAGCGAGUCGAGGAAAAUCUGGUUUCUUGUACGUGAUGUUCAAAAGCUGAAUCACGAUGAUGCAAUUGCGAUGAUCAGAAAAACAGUUCACUCCCAUGCUGCUGCGGUCCCAAGAAGCAUCGAUUUGAAUAAGCUACUUGGAGCGAUCGCAGGAACGAAACGGUACGAUCUCGUGCUAGCUAUGUACAGAGAGAUGGAAUCGCUGGGUGUUUCUCCAAACGUUUACAGCCUUAACGUAGUUAUCGGUGGUCUCUGUAGUAGUGGUGAAACUGAGCUGGCUUUAGCUACGUUAGGAAAGAUGAUAAGGAUAGGGGUUAAGCCUGACACUGUGACACUCAACACGCUGAUCAAGUCGUAUUGUUCCGAGGGAAGGGUUGAUGAAGCCAAGAAGCUAGCUGAGAAUCUUAGCAAAUUUGGGAUUGAGUCCAAUUUGAUAACUUUGAACACUUUGGUACAUGGGUUAUGUCUUCAAGGGGACGUACAUGGUGCAGUCAAAGCAGUGGAGGAUGCGUUAGAGAAUGGCGUGAAAACAGAUGGAUUCACAUACGGGCCAAUCCUGAACAGAGUAUGCAAGCCAGGGAACAGUACUUUGGCAUUGAAGCUGCUUAGAUAUAUGGAAGAAAGAAAUGUCGACGUCAAUCAAGUCAAGUACACAAUCGUGAUGGACUGCCUUUGUAAAGAUGGGAAGGUUGAAGAGGCAAUCACCCUUUACCAGGAGAUGGAAACAAAGGGGAUGAGAGUUGAUAUCGAGGCAUAUACAUGUCUAGUGAGAGGUCUUCUGAGUGCAGGCAGAGAGGAAGAGAGUAAAGAGAUUUUGGAGGACAUGAUCAUCAAGAAGAUUCCAUUCGACCUUGUCUUUUGGAACACCUUCAUUGAUGGUCUUGUGAAGAACGGAAAUCUUAAGGACGCUGGUGUUAUGCUCACUGAAACAAUGGUUAAAAUAGGGAUGAAACCGAAUGUUGUUACUUACAAUACCGUGAUGAAUGGUUACUGCAAGAAGGGAUUGCUAAAUGAAGCCAGGGAAAUGAUGGAAGCUAUGGUUACCGGUGGAUGCGACCCCAGCAUCGUGACGUAUAACAUCCUCAUUAAAGGGUAUUGCAAGUCUGGGAUGGUUGAUGCUGGUUUGAAGCUUUUCCACGAUAUAUCUGAACAAGGAGUUGUGGCCGAUACAGCAACCUACAACACUCUUAUCCACGGGCUUUGCCAAUCAGGAAAAUUCGAUGAUGCCAAAAAUAUUUUACGAGAAAUGCUCUCACGUGGUGUUGCUCCUGAUGUUAGGACUGCUGGUACGUUGCUAGAUGCUCUCUGCGAGGAUGGAAGACUAGAAGAGGCACUGAAAGUGUUUGAGCGUUUCAAGAGCGAAAUGGUUUUUGGUAUUGGUAUCUAUAACAUCAUCAUGAAAGGGAUGUGCAAUUCUGAUAAGGUGGAUGACGCUUGGGAUAUAUUCACAACCCUUCCUCUUAAAAGACUGGAGGCGGAUGUUACAACAUAUAGCAUCUUGAUUUCUGGCUUCUGUAAGAAAGGCUCAAUGUCCAAAGCAGACAUGCUGUUUAAAGAGAUGAAAGCAGGCGGGCAUCAGCCAAACCGUUGGACAUACAAUGCACUCAUCAAGGGGUAUCUGCGAGAAGGUGAUGCUAUCACAUCAGGAGAGCUGAUCAAAGAGAUGAAGACUGGUUUAUUGGGCAAGAACUUCAAAGGAAUUAAACCAUGA